UCUCUUUCUCUCUGUCUGUGUUUUGUCUCUGUUUAGUAGAAUCCAUUAAACUGAGUUUCUGAGACACAACAAAAUGGGGAGGCAGCCAGCAGAUAAGGCAAAACCAAAACACAGGAAGGGGUUAUGGUCACCUGAAGAAGACAAUAAGCUCAUAAACUACAUCCUCAAGCAUGGCCAUGGCUGCUGGAGCUCUGUUCCCAUUAAAGCAGGCUUGCAGAGGAAUGGGAAGAGUUGCAGAUUAAGGUGGAUCAACUAUCUAAGGCCAGGAUUGAAGAGAGGGAUGUUUAGCAAACAAGAGGAGGAGACAAUCUUGACUCUUCACCACAUGUUGGGCAACAAGUGGUCACAGAUAGCACAGCAGUUACCAGGAAGGACAGAUAAUGAGAUAAAGAACCACUGGCAUUCAUAUUUGAAAAAGAAAGUGGCCAAGUCAGAAGAAAUAAAAUCUCAAAAUAAUAAACAAAUGCAGCAUGCUAGUUCAAGCUCAGAUACCUUUGAUUCCUCUUCACCAUUAAGUCAAAAACCAGCAAUUCCAACCUCUGAUCACUUCUCUUCUUUGCAAAACUAUAACUUCAUCAAAGAGGCUACUCAGAGCUCCUUACCAAAACUUCUAUUUGCUGAGUGGCUUUCGCUAGAUCGAGCCAACAGUGGGAUCCCUGCAAAUGCUGGUGAUGACCCUUUUGUGUUUGGAAAUGAAAGUUUUGAUCAAUACUCUGAUUUCCAUGAAGUCGCAAUGCAUGGAGUAUCAGAAGGAGGAACCUAUGGAGGAGAGUUCCUUAAUUAUCUAACGACCACAGAUGCAGCAGCAGCAGCUACUGAAGUGUUCAAUGCACAGUUCAAGAUAGCAAAUCAAAUGGCGGGAAAUGGGGUCAUCCAUUUCCCAAGUUUCAGCAUGAACAAUGAUGAAAUGUACAUAUAGAAGCAGAGUUUCCAAAGCAACUCAAAGAAGGAAGAAUAGUUUAUAAUACUUUACAGGAAAAAAAAUCAACCUACAUUAUAAACACACAAACACGCGCGCGCACUUUCAUUAUGAAGUUAGUCACUUCAAAUGAGUUCGAUAGGAUACCAGAAAAGUGUAAUUUAACUGUUACUCAUUCUGAGUUGCUUCUGCAUGCAUCUAUAAAAUCUUGUUUCUGAUUACAGAGUCAACAUGUUGUGGUUUCAUUUCAAUGAUGUUUGCUGCAAAUCUUGCA